CCGGUUUUCGGAUAAGGAUCAUAUGCAGUUAUGGCAUGACCAGUCCCGCCGUUACCACACAGAGCUGCUGGAUUUUAAAAAGCUAACCGCUGAAGCCAUGGAUGGGCUGAGGAACGAUCACGGCACCAUUUUGGAGGAUCUGACAGGAGCUGGAGUCCGAGUAGACCGGGUGGAACGAGAGAUGGACUUCGUAGAAACCCAGACUUCCCCUCGGGCCUGUGCGAAUAAAGCAGACAAGGUGGUGGAGCAGGAAGCCUGGGGGCUGCAGGAGAGUAGAGAGGAGGAGGGGGAAGACUGGGAGGAGCUGCAGUCCAGAGUCUCUGACUGUGUGGAGAUCAUCUCUGGCAUCAGAUCAGUGAAGAUCCUAAAGAGAGUGGGCAGUCCCAAGGGCAUGUGGACCAGAGACCCAAGGUCGUCCAAAGUCUACGUCUUCAACGGGACAUCGGGAGACACCAUCCAUCAGUUCGACUCUGUUCGAGAUUUCUCCCGCUCCCCUGACGCCAUCGGCAGCCGACAGAUACGUCUUCCCUCUGAUUGGACCAGCCCUGGCAGCGCUGUAUAUAACGGAUAUCUGUACUACGUAGAGCAGGAGGAGGAUAUGGACGUUCAGGUGGUCAAAUAUGACCUGAUGAGCGGCUCGGUGACAGAUAUCGCCAUGUUCCCCUUCGAGAGCCAAGCUAGUGUUUACAGCCUCAACCCUGAGAUCGUAGCGGACCUCGCAGCAGACGACGAAGGCCUCUGGCUUCUGUACGCCAUGAGUGACAGUGAACCUAACAUCAACCUCGCGAAGAUGGACCCCACCACGCUCGACAUAGAACAGAUCUGGGACACCCGGUGCCCACGGGAGAACGCAGAGGCGGCGUUUGUCGUCUGUGGGACCGUCUACGUCGUUUACAACACUCGUGUGGCGAGCCGGUCGAGAAUCCAGUGCCUGUUUGACGUCAACGACAUGGUGGUCAGCGAGGAGGCUCCCCUUAUAUACUUCCCCAGGAGAUACGGAGCCCACGCCAGUUUGAAAUACAACCCCGAGGAGAAGCAGCUCUACGGCUGGGACGACGGCUACCAAAUCAUUUACAGACUGACCAUGAAGAGGAAGCUCCUGGUGUGACGGCGGGGGAGGGGGUGUCGUGUUCUCAAAGGCUACGAUAAAGAGAAGCAGCAGUAAAUUGAAACACGCUAUAUGGAAAAAGUCUUUCAGUAUAGCCUGCAGACUCUUCAUUCACGGUGGAUUUAUUACACCCUUAACAUCACACAAUUUCAAGCUAGCCUUUGAACUAUUAUUUAUUAAUUUGAGUCUUUCUUCUCGUCUCAAACAAACAUGGAAAUGCCAUUCAGUUUAUUAGAGGAUGGCAAGUCUUUCUACUCUGUGAUGUUUUGUGUCCUCCCCUCAAUUAAUUUGACCAAAUCUCAUUUCAUUUGAACCCAUUCCUGCUUGUUAAGCCACUGGCUAUGUUGUCGAUUCAUGCCGUGUCUUAUUUCCACACAAUUCACAGCACGCAGCCUGUUUUUGCAUAAGUAUUUUAAUCAAAGAAAAGAAAGUAAUAUCACAGAACUGAUAACACAUCACACCCCAUGGAAGAAACAUAACAAAACACUCUUUUUCUGCUGUUGAUUUCCAUACUUAUUGAAACAAAAUAAGGACAAUUUGUGGCUGAAAGACUGUCUGCUAUUUCAUUUUUACUUCAUUACACCCUUGGUCACUCAUAUUAAGAGUCUUGAUUGUAAUCAAGAUGCUCAUUUUAGACUUUUGUCUCAACUACCAACUCUUCAUGUCGAUCCCUAGAACAUUUUCUCAAACAUUUCUAUUAUUACAAAUACAAAAUGUUCAAUAAAAAAUUGGAAAUUCAGUUCUAUCAUAAUAGUUGGAUGGGAUUACAAGAUCAUAUCAAGAAACACUACAAUAUGAGGCAAAGCUAGAGGGUCUUGAAACUGAGGCAAUUGAUUUAACAGGUUUCUACUAUGAAAAACACACCACAUUCUCAGAGAAAUAUAUGACCAUCAUAAAGCACAUGUUUUUAAAAGAAAAAAAUGUUUAUUCAACCACUUGUUUCAACACUGAAAUAAGAUAUUAGAAAUCUAUGAAUAAUGCCAUUAGAGGGGGAAUUUCACCUUUAAAACGACUUGAGAGCAAACUGUCACAUUAGUGGAGGGGUGUCGAUGCUAUGAUGGAUCACGUCAAGCACGGACAAUAAUGAACCGACUCAUUCUCGCUGUAACAAGUGCCAAUUAGAGAAAUGCCACUGCUCUGUAAACACUGACCUGUCCGCCAAUCAGCUGCCCCCGCGCUUUCCUCACUCAAACACACACACACAAACACACACACACACAGCGAGCUACAAAACGGCUCUCUCCGGGUACCCAUGAAGGAAAUGGCUAAACCAGAUCUGUCUGCUGGGUGCAUCUGCUCGUGUCUUCAUGUCUGGCCCCCCGAGUUUAGCAAACUCUGUGAUAUAUAGCGUGUUCAAUGUACAGGAGUUUAAGCAAUAGUCUCACUUGUCGUCAGUUUGCUAAACGAGACACCAGACUCGGUCUCAGCCACAGCCAGGAACCCCGUUACAGUACGUUUCAGAUUUAAGGUCCUGUCUGCUGCUUAUGAGAUAAUAUGGAUGCUAUUCAGUAUAUAGUCACCUAUUCGGAAAGACAUGUUCUGUACAGACCGUACAAAAUGCA